AUGGCACUCCUAUACAAACAAAUCCUACGCAGGCCCAUAGCAUCUGCUGCCGCAGGUGUCAUCGUCUCCGGCGUUGGAGCCUUUUAUGGUACUCGACUUAUAUCCACAGGCCAUGCAGAAUCAACUGAGCCUCAAUUUGCCUUUCGACCAUUUGGACCACACUUCACUUCCCUCCGUCUAAGAAGUUCGGAAGCAGUCAGUCCCGAUACAAAACGCUUGGUAUUUGAGUUUCCAGACGAGAACGCAAAGAGUGGCUUGACAUUAACAUUAGCGACUCUUGUUACACUCUCUCGACCCGAGGGAUUAUGGCUUCCUGUUCUCCGGCCAUACACUCCAAUCAGCCCACUAGACCAACGAGGCUCAGUCGAGUUCAUGGUGAAGCAUUAUCCAAAUGGGAAAGCCAGCACUCAUUUGCACUCGCUAAAACCAGGAGAUAGUCUUACCUUUGCCGCCACGAUCAAAAGAUUUUCAUGGACGCCCAAUAAGUUUUCUCAAGUUUAUUUGAUUGCCGGUGGAACUGGGAUUACGCCUAUCUACCAGCUUAUUCAGGGCAUUUUGAAUAACCCAAAUGAUAAGACCAAGGUCAAUCUCGUUUUUGGCGUCAACAGCGAACAAGAUUUACUUCUCAGAGACGAGCUGGAGCUUUACAAAAAGCGCUUCCCGGAUAGAUUUGACUAUAUAUACACCGUCAGUCAUUCAAAAGAGGAUGGUCCGUGGAAGAAAGGGUAUGUAACAGAGGAGCUGUUGCGAGACGUUGUCUAUGAACCCAGCAAGGAUACUCAUGUCUUUGUCUGUGGCCCACCUAGGAUGGAAACUUUUUUGGUUGGAUCAAAAAUGACAGGAGGCAUUCUUAAGAACUUGGGAUUCACGAGAUGUCAGAUCCAUCAAUUAUAA